AUGGAUCACACACGAGACCCAUGUCCUUGGGUGGCCUUGAACGAUUUUGGAGGAGCUUUUUGUAUGGGUGCUAUCGGAGGUGCAGUAUGGCACGGUGUUAAAGGCUUUCGAAACUCACCUUACGGCGAAAGAAGGAUUGGCGCACUCACAGCCAUAAAGGCACGAGCUCCUGUACUAGGAGGAAACUUCGGUGUUUGGGGUGGGCUCUUCUCGACUUUCGAUUGCGCUGUUAAAGGAUUGAGGAAAAAGGAGGACCCUUAUAAUGCUAUUAUUGCUGGAUUCUUUACUGGUGGUGCUUUGGCAAUUCGUGGUGGUGCAAAAGCUGCAAGAAACUCAGCGAUAGGAUGUGCGGUUCUCUUGGGUGUUAUUGAAGGUGUUGGAAUUGGGUUCCAAAGAAUGAUGGCAGGAAAUACGAAAUUAGAGCUACCUCCACCUCCUCCACCAUCUGAAUCCGGUCAAACCGGGUUCCCAGCCGUCGCAUAA